AUGGCUCGCUCUCGUCCGAGUGCAUCAUCCAAGCCGACGAGCAAGUCCAACGGACUGACGAAUGCAUAUCUCUGCUUCUACAACACCGCCUCAGCUCUGCUACGGCUCUGGAUCUUGGUACGCGUCUCACUCUUGUGGAGAGCCCAAGGCAACGCGGCUGUCUGGGCCGAUCUCAAUCUCAUCGCGCGGUGGACUGAGACCCUGACGGCCAUCGAGGUCGUCCACGCCAUCACGGGCCUCGUUCGUGCUGCGCCUGCCACGACAGCCCUGCAAGUCGCAGGGCGCAACACCAUCAUCUGGGCUAUCACCAGGAAUUAUCCAGAUGUCGCGGCCAGAGAGACGGCCUACAGCCUUAUGCUGAUGGCCUGGAAUGCCGCCGACGCAGUCCGAUACCUCUACUUUGCUCUCCAGACAGGCACCGGGCGGGUUCCCUCGUCUCUUUUGUGGUUACGGUACAAUCUGUUCAUUGUGCUCUAUCCUAUCGGUAUCUUGGCCGAAGCACGCCUUGUCUACGAGGUCAUCUCGCCUUCAAAAGCUCGAAAUGAACUGUAUCAGUAUCUGCUGUGGUUUGGACUGGCGAUGUACUUCCCCGCCUUCUACGUCCUCUAUGGUCAUAUGCUGGCUCAGAGAGCCAAGCUGGGCAAACCUAACAACAAGAAGGCGCUAUGA